GGAGGAGGAGGAGGAGGAGGGAGCGGGAAGGGCGCCGGGCUCCACGUCCGCCUGUCGCCCCGGCCUCGGCGCAGCGCUUGGAGGGAGACCGCGCAAAAUGGAGGAGGAGGACGAGGGCCCCAGCGCCGACGGAGAGCGCCUCCUCACUGUCAAGCACGAGCUGCGGACGGCUAAUUUAACAGGGCAUGCAGAGAAGGUGGGAAUUGAAAAUUUUGAACUCCUGAAGGUUCUAGGAACAGGAGCUUAUGGGAAGGUGUUCCUGGUCCGUAAAAUAAGUGGCCAUGAUGCCGGGAAGUUGUAUGCCAUGAAAGUUUUGAAAAAAGCAACGAUAGUUCAAAAAGCCAAAACAACAGAGCACACGAGGACGGAACGACAAGUACUGGAACAUAUUAGGCAAUCGCCUUUUUUGGUCACGUUGCAUUAUGCUUUCCAAACAGAGACGAAACUUCAUCUCAUUUUAGAUUAUAUAAAUGGUGGAGAACUUUUUACUCACCUUUCUCAGAGGGAACGAUUCACAGAAAAUGAGGUACAGAUCUAUAUUGGAGAAAUUGUCCUUGCCCUUGAACAUCUCCACAAGUUGGGGAUUAUAUACCGUGAUAUUAAACUUGAGAAUAUUCUACUUGAUUCUAAUGGCCAUGUGGUACUGACAGAUUUUGGCCUGAGUAAGGAGUUCCUUGCUGAUGAAAAUGAAAGAGCGUAUUCCUUUUGUGGAACCAUAGAAUAUAUGGCACCAGAUAUUGUCAGAGGGGGAGAUACAGGACAUGACAAGGCAGUUGACUGGUGGAGUUUAGGUGUUCUAAUGUAUGAGUUAUUAACUGGAGCAUCUCCUUUUACUGUUGAUGGAGAGAAAAAUUCCCAAGCUGAAAUAUCUAGGAGAAUAUUAAAAAGUGAACCUCCAUAUCCCCAAGAAAUGAGUGCAUUGGCUAAAGAUAUAAUUCAACAUCUGUUGAUGAAGGAUCCCAAGAAACGAUUAGGCUGUGGUCCACGCGAUGCUGAUGAAAUCAAAGAGCAUCUCUUCUUUCAGCAAAUAAAUUGGGAAGAUUUAGCCGCCAAAAAAAUGCCAGCACCAUUUAAACCAGUAAUCCGAGAUGAAUUGGAUGUCAGUAAUUUUGCCGAGGAGUUUACAGAAAUGGAUCCCACAUAUUCUCCUGCAGCCCUGCCUCAGAGUUCAGAAAGGAUAUUUCAGGGAUAUUCUUUUGUUGCUCCUUCUAUCUUAUUCAAGCGUAAUGCGGCCAUAAUAGACCCUCUUCAGUUUCACAUGGGAAUUGAACGCCCAGGAGUGACAACUAUUGCCAGAAGUGCAAUGAUGAAGGACUCUCCUUUUUAUCAGCAUUAUGAUUUGGAUCUGAAAGAUAAACCACUGGGAGAAGGAAGUUUUUCCAUUUGUAGAAAGUGCUUACAUAAGAAAAGUAACCAAGAGUAUGCAGUCAAAAUCAUAAGCAAAAGAAUGGAAGCCAACACUCAGAAAGAAAUAGCCGCUUUGAAACUCUGUGAAGGCCAUCCCAAUAUAGUGAAGUUGCAUGAAGUUUAUCAUGAUCAGCUUCACACAUUUCUAGUGAUGGAACUGUUGAAUGGUGGUGAGCUGUUUGAACGGAUUCAGAAGAAAAAACACUUCAGUGAGACUGAAGCCAGUUCCAUCAUGCGGAAGCUUGUUUCAGCUGUAAGCCACAUGCAUGAUGUGGGAGUGGUACACAGAGAUUUAAAACCUGAGAAUUUAUUGUUCACUGAUGAAAAUGAUAAUUUGGAAAUAAAAAUAAUUGAUUUUGGAUUCGCACGUUUAAAGCCACCUGAUAAUCAGCCUCUCAAAACGCCUUGUUUCACUCUUCAUUAUGCGGCUCCAGAGCUUUUAAAUCAUAAUGGCUAUGAUGAGUCCUGUGAUCUGUGGAGCUUGGGAGUCAUUUUAUAUACAAUGCUGUCAGGACAGGUACCCUUUCAGUCUCAUGACAAAAGUUUAACAUGUACCAAUGCAGUGGAAAUUAUGAAGAAAAUUAAAAAGGGAGAUUUCUCUUUCGAAGGAGAAGCCUGGAAGAAUGUAUCGCAGGAGGCCAAAGACUUAAUUCAAGGACUUCUUACUGUGGAUCCAAAUAAAAGACUCAAAAUGUCUGGCUUGAGAUACAAUGAAUGGCUUCAAGAUGGCAGCCAGCUAUCUUCAAAUCCUUUGAUGACUCCAGAUAUCUUAGGGUCCUCAGGAGCUGCUGUACACACUUGUGUAAAAGCAACUUUUCACGCCUUUAACAAGUACAAGAGGGAAGGCUUUUGCCUCCAAAAUGUUGACAAAGCACCUCUUGCGAAGAGAAGGAAGAUGAAGAAGACCAGCACUAGUACGGAAACACGUAGCAGUUCAAGUGAAAGUUCUCAUUCUUCUUCCUCUCAUUCUCAUGGUAAAACUACACCUACAAAGACAUUGCAGCCCACUAACCCUCCUGACAGCAAUAAUCCAGAAACCAUCUUCCAGUUCUCAGACUGAGUAGCAGAGCAAUGGCGGGAAUGUCUUUGGUAACUAACCAUGCUUUCGUUUUCCCCAGUUUACAACAGAGGAACAAAUGAGGAAGUCCCUAUUUAGAAACCCCUGUUUUUCCACAUUGUUCUCAUUACAGCCUUGCUUUUUAGUGAACUUCUUUAAGAUAGCUGCUUGGUUUGUCCUUGUCCAGGAGCACUGGGCACAGUGUUAUAUUACUGUGAAUAGAAUAAGCAUUAUAUACUGUUCGGAACUAAAAUGAUUCCAUACCAUCAGUACUUUUCUUGCAAAGGGCAGUGGUUUUGAUGAAUUUGGUCAUGGGUGUCGUGAUUUUGUUCCGUGCUAAUCAAAAAUACCCUGACCUUAGUUUUCGUAGAUGUGUGCCAAAAUGAGUUGGUGUGAAGUCCCAUGAUGCCAUUUGUCUUCAAAUUACAGAAAAUAAUUUUUGUAAAAGAGAUAUUCCCACUCCACUGAGCAUUCGUACCCUCAAGCAUAGCCCUGCUGUUGGUCCAGUGGAAGGAGCCUGGCUCCGAGAAUCAGGAGACCCGGGUUCUAGUCCCAGCUCUGUAGGUAGUAGAAGGCAUUGGAGGGUGGGAGGCAUCGGUUGUUCAGGUUUCUGACCUAAGAACCAUCCUAGGGCAUUUGGUGCUAAGUGGAUGGACCCACCAGGAAUCCUGAAAAAUACGGCAGCCAUCCAGGCAAACACUUGCUGGGUUAUGGCACUAUGGCCCAACACUGGAUGUGCUGCAGUCACUUUGGUCGUAAAUGGGUCCCACACGUAAAUAAAAAAAAGCUUUGCAUGCACUGUGCGAUGUGCUGCGCCCCUGCCCACCUGUUGACUUGUUGCACUCUAGCGGGAACACGACCGGCAGGGACAAGAGAGUACAAAUGGCGGUACGCAAACCAUUAGCACGAAAUCAGUCAUUUUGGGCAGAUUCCUCAUCUGGAAGCCUCAAGAGAGCAUCGUGGUCAUCACUGUCAUCAUCAUCAUCAUCACCAUAGAAGAUUGCUGAAAUUUCCCGAGGAUUCUGUGGUCAAUUUCAUAUGUUAAAUAGAUGUCUCACAUGAGAAAAGAGUUUAUUAUUUUUCUGUUUUGUGGUUGCACCCGAUGACAACCUGCUAGUGUUCACCAUUUUCUGAAAUGGAAAAAAGGAUGCAAACAGGUUAGAUCCCUUAGUCUUGUGUUUGGGAUUUCUACAAAAUGCAUGCCAAGAUAUGUAUGUUUUUAUUUUGCACUGCAUUCUCCUAGCAACUUAUUUCAUUAGUUAUUGUAAAAUAAUAGAGCAUAUUUAUCCCUUUUUCUAAGUAAUACUGCACUUUAUGAAAGAGUGGAAAAAACACCAGGCUGUUUUAUAAAGUGCACUGCUUAGAGCAUAUGGCCUAUGUACUGUAUUUUCACCAUUUUUUCAUCACCUAGACUAAAUCACGCCUCACAUCCCUAUUUUAUAUUGUACAAACAAAUAGAAUAGGGCCGCUUAUAUAGUGUAAUUGUAAGUCACUAAUGCACUGAUGUGAGGAAACUAAAGGGAAAUUAUACUAAACACUGUGCUUCAUAACUGUACACUGUGUUGUACUGCAGAGAGGUAUUUCCUGCUGUGGUCAUAUAUUAUGUACAUAAUUUGUUGAGACUCAUAAAUGGGACUUGUUUUGGAAUUUCAAUUGUUAAAUUUAAAUUGGAAAAUCCUAUAUUAAAACCUUAUACAGAAUGCUUUUAUUACUCAAAUUCUGAAUGCAUAUGGAAAUCUUAGUGCCAAUUCUUUGACUAUGAAGCAUAAGUAAGAGCUUGCUGCAUUUUAAAGCUAAAUGAACUCAUCCCUUAUGCAAAAAUGUUUUAGGAGCUGUUCUCAUUAGAUUGUAUUUCACAGCAAGUGUCAGAAUUGGGGAAAGUGAGUUUAGUCGUGUUUACAAGGAUUGUCUGUAUCUAAAGCAAGCCCUAUAUGUUUGUUGUUUUGUUUGUUCUUUUGUUUAGUUUUGUUUUCAAUUUUAUCAGUGCUAGCCUUUCAAGUAUUUAGGGGAAGAUUUGGGCAUGAACUUUCUUUAAUUAUUACAUGAUGGUAACAUCAAAGGCGAUAGCAAAAUUAUUUUUAGCUUGAUGUGAAUAUUGAAAUUUUGCACUGUUUAUGUAGAAGUAGUAUAUUUAAUAUUAAAGAUUGAUGUAAGUACAAAUGGCAGGCACAGUUGAAAGGGGCUGAUACUAAAAUCCUCAAAAUGCUGAUAUAGAUUUGCCUUCUCGGUAGUUGUCGAUAGAAAUAUUGUAUAAUAUAACCAAGGGCCAUAAAUUGGCAUUAUUGUAUCAAAUCCAAUGAGAAUUAAGCAAGCAUCCAAUUUUUUGUUAUUCAGGUUAAUGGGUUAAAGCUAAAUUGAUGAAUUUGUGUGUCAUCUCUUCUCUUUAGCUCAGCCCACCCCCUGGUGGAGGAGUUUGUGAGCUGUUAAAUAGGCAGGUGGUAAGCAAAGAGAAGAAAAAAUUGGGGUUAAUUGGACAGCUGGAUAACCCACUUCCUGAAUAAACACGGAUGGAUUGGUUGAUUACGGGACCAAUCACACCCCUUCCCUAUGAUAAAUACCAAAAAGUCAGCAGUUAGUAUAUUUUUCUGGCCCCAGUAAGAUGCAUCAGUAAUUUGGGUUGAAGUUGCCUCCAAUGUACAAUAAAUUGCACUUUGAAAUAUAAAGAGAGCUUUCAGAGCACUUUGAAAAAUUAAAUAUAAAUAAAAGCCUGGCCCCUAUUCAAGUGAAGUUUUUUGGGUCCAGAUUUUGAAAAUACAGGGAAACUGCUUUUUUAUCCUGCAAUUUGUUCUUGAAAAUCCAAAUUGAGUUUAAUUUUGUAAUUUAUCUGUGAAGUUGAGAGAAGAUAACUUUUCUAUAGAAGCAAAGGGAAGUUGUAUUCUUGUAAAGAUUAUGAUUUUCAGAGUGAUCAAGACCCUCACGAGAUAAAUUCUAUAGGCAGCUAACUUCUUGAGUAUUAAUUUGGAAUAUCAUGAGGUACAUGAAUUCUUCCAGGAUUUUAGGACCUGCCCAUUCCAUUGGGGCUACCUCCAUGGUAAAAUAGGUAAAUGGAACCUAAUGGAAGAAUUAACUCACCUCCCAAAGUGCCUGCUUAGAAUACUGAAGUUGCUGAAAUUAGUGUCUACUGAACACAUUAUAAUGGUAUGAUAAAUAGAUUAUUUUAAAGAAUAAUAUGUGCAUUGCUGUGCCUAAAUAUUUUUAUUUAUAGAAGUUGAAAAGCAUAUUUUGAAUAAAUGUCUCUAUUAACUUUAAAGAAAGUAGAUUUUGUAUUCUACUGGAGUAUAAUUACAAUUUAAUAUGCACUUGUCCAUCUCUUCAAAUAGAAUUCCAAUCAUUCAUUAGGAAAAAGGAACUUGAAAUUGGUGACUGUUUCUAGUUGUCAUUUUCUAGUACUGUUGCCUGACUGCCUGUUUAGUUAAUGGGGACUAUGAUGGUAGUACUAAGACAAGGAUUUGGGCUCAAAUUUUAAGUAAUGACUUAAUUCACAUGUAAGUGAUAUCAGAAUAGUGAUAGUACAGGAUGAAGAUAUUUGUGGUACAAUGAAAUAUUUGGGUAGUAUUUUGAAGAUGUUUGCUUGGCAAUUUUAGGAAAAUCCCACCACGUUAUAAUUUUCAAGAAAUAUGCUCCUAUCCAGAUUAAAUUUAAAUCCUCCGUGAACACUUUCCUUCACUCACAGACAGAAGGAUUAAAAACUACUUCAAAGCUAAAUCUAUCAGAAACACUUCAAAUACAAAUUGAAAUAGGAAGAUAUGCAAAAAGAAAUUAGAGAGCCGAAGUAAUUUAAAAAUAAUUCUCUUGAAAGAAAAGCCCAAUCAGAUAGUGUUCUAAGUAUGCCUUUCCCCAGAAAAAUAGUAGGGGAUGCAAUACCAUAUCAAUUUUGUGCACCUAUUGGUUGUUCUGCAUAAGCCUCAUCCCCAGAAUGUUUCCAUUCUCAUCUUCUACAAAGUAUCACUGAAAAUCUACUUCAUGUAGAAUACCAUAUCAGGUGUUCCAUAAGGAGUUACAUAAAAAGAAUGUUUCAUGGGAAGAAUGUGGUAUAAUCUAUACCCUCUGUGAACCUAUUGUCUAUCAGAAACCAAUCAGUGAUAUUUAUUGAGCUCUUACAGUGGCACUAAGCACUUGAGAGAGCACAAGACAAUAAAACUGGUAGACACUUUCCCUAUCCAUAAGAUGCUUACAGUUUAGAGGGAAACUUAGAUCAAACAAAAAGGUCAGAGUUCCUUUUAUGAAAAGUUCUUGAAUAAUGGAUAGGUUUGAUUUAAAGUAGUAGACACAUUUAGCAUUUUUAAAUGUUUUACAAGCUGUAUUUCAGUCUGUUUCAUGAGCUUCAACUAGAGUUUCCUUGCGGGUGCUUCCUUUGGAUACCUCUCCUCCCCCUGCUCCCAACUGUAGUUUUUCACUAAAUAGAUAAUAGUUGUAGGAGCUUUUACCCUAGGUUAAGGCUUGUGUCGGGCAUGUUUCGAGGUCUUAAGCAUUGGGCAGCUAUCACUGUUCGAUUUUCUGCUCCUGUCACGUGAGGAAUAAGUAAACGAAGCAUCUCCCAAGUACAACUGACUUUCCUUAUUUCUAACCCUUGCAGAAUAAGUACUGUUUUCUCUCCAGUUUAUACCUUUCAUUGCGUUAAAGAAUUGAUGUUCCUGUGCAGAAAGAUUCACAUAAGUACUUUUUGCUAAGAGUGUACAGUCUUAAAAAUCUUAGCAUCUCUUGACCCAAAAUAGAAAACUUGCAGUAUUUCAACUUUAGGCAUGGGAGUAAUUUUUUUAAAAAAGAAAGGAGUUGUAAGUGCAGUGCAUAACUUAAAUGUGAUUAGUGUAGUAAUUUUCCUUAGAACUUGCAGUUCUUAUUUAGCAUGUCAAAAAGUGCUACUUCCUUCUUUUUCCCAUCUUGACUGUUUUUUGAUGGUUUGUUUUUCUCAUUUUACUUAAAACGCAUGUUUUUCUACUUCCACAGGGAAUUCUAAAAUUGACUUAAGUAGCAGGUUUUUCCUAAACCACUAUAAAACAGAACAGAAGAGGAUUUUGAAAUUCUGGGAUUUAAGACUGGAAAGACGAGUUUUAUUAGGAGUGUUCCAGGAUUUUGACCUGCGCACAACCAAGGCUAGGUUUAAUUGUCUGUAGAUUAACAAACUGAUUUUCCUUUCUCUUUUCUUCUCCAAAAUAGAUGUUUCACUUGAUAUUAGUGGUUCACUGGAGCUUUGACAGAUUUCCAAAAUAUUUACUGAUUAACAGUUGGAAAUUUUAAUGAGGGGUCAGAAUUUAGGAUUCAGGAAUCAGAGUAAGAAGAAGGAAAAGUUUGGAUGUGAUCUAAACUUGCAGUCAAGAUUAAUAGGGCAUUAGAAUUUGACAGAUUUUGGGGUUUGGUUGAAGAAUAGAUGAUUAGGGACACAACAAUUUGGGGAGUAAUAAAAGGCAACUACCCCCAAAAAAAAGUUACGAAAAGGUUAUUUGCCCAUUAUUAAGGCUAUAGGGCUAUUUGCUCCACAGUAAUCAUCUUAAUUUUAAACAAGAAGCUUUAAAAGAUUGUUUUUCUACAAAGGCAGAGUAAAUUUGUGGGUUUGAAAUCUCUCAGGAUGAAAGCUGAAGUUGCUACUUUCUCAUAUCCUAGGACAGUCUCUCAUUCUCACAAGCCCCAGUUGUUGCCUUCUUCCCAGCCCAAAUAUACCGUAGGGCACCCAACACAGAACGCAGCCUAUUGACACUGCCUGCAUGUUCUGAUGGGAUCACUCAUCAAGCAGCACCAGCUUUUAUGUAGGGGAUCAACUUGAUGACUGACUGUUUGCUAAAAUCCCAUCCUUGCCUUUGAGAAGGCAACCUAUUGAGCACUGUUUUUUAUAAAAAUGCUGCACAUUGCCUUCAUGAAAUUUCUGACUUUAAUGGGAAAUAUUUGAUAUUCAGAUUUUUUUUACAGGCCACCAAAAGCAAGCCUGAUUUACGUAGACUAUAUUUAGUUAGCAAACACUGAUUAUUGCAAAAUUCAUGUUGGAAGAAAAAGGAGAGGACAAGGAAUGCUUGGGCCAACACUUUUGGAAGUCGGCCACGUAUCUUUUCAGCUGACAUGUUUCUAUUUGAAGUGCAGCCCAGGCCAGCAGUGAUGAAGUCAUUAGCGUGACGACUCCUUGAAGAAAUAACCUUUGUCAGGCCUGGAUCACAAAAGGUAUUUUUAGUAACUUGUUGAUUGAAAUGCCAUGGAUGAAUUUAAACUUGGCCCUGAAGUGCACUUUUUGAGCAGGGUCAAAAUAGAGCCAUAUAGAAAAACUCUCACUGUUGGUUUUAUUUUCCAUUUUAGCUUCCUAUUUAGCUUUGCACAUUCCAUAAACUAAAAGCCCACUUGGGUAGAUUUGGUCCUAUUAAAACU